UGUCCGCGUGGUCGUAAUUGCGUCAGGAUCGAAUGUCGUGGUCGUCACCUUUGUCGAUUCCUCGGGAAAGGCAUUCGCGUAACCGUGAUUCGAACGCCGCGAGGCGAAAACGAGUUGGCGACCGAACUGGAACUGUAGAAGCCGCGAAAAAGCCGAAUGCGCGGCCUAACGAGAGGGAGAAAGGGCAGAGAGAUGUGCGAGAGCGCGAGAUAGGAGGAAUCAGAAACAAGGGGGAGGAUGCGAGAAACAACGUGGGCGAAAGUAAAGCAGAGCGGAGAGAAGAAAGCGUCGAGCGGCGAGCGUCGGAGUCGCGCGACGCGUGACGGCGCGAUAGGUGUCAAACGCGUGGCAGACAGACAGUUGACAUGACAUGAGAGAGCAAUGCGACGCCGACGCGGCCGUCGGGACGCGGUCGUCGCGCUCGUUGCCAGGCAUCCUGGGGGCAUUGCGCAAGCGGCGCGGCGGUUUCCGCAGCUGCGCGUUCCGCUCGGAAAAGAGCCGACCAUCCAGCCAGACGGUCCGCUCGUAUUAUCGCGCCACGGAUUCACGCGAUACGAAGGGGGCGCACGACUAUACCCCUCGGUCGAACGUGAUUGGCCGCCGAAGCAAAACGGAGGGAUCAGUUGGCAGCGGAUUGGCCAGCAGGGCAGAAACAGGCGCGGCGGAACCGGCAGGUAGUGGGACGUGUUUGAACAAGAUCGGGAGACUCAAGAGUAGCGGAGUACACUCGCUAACCGGCCUCCAUCCACACGGCACACAGAAAGACAGACUGGUGAAUGAGGGAGAGUGGAGGUGAGGCGGCUCAAACAGGCCCCGCUCAAACAACCGACCGCGCCGCUCUUGUGUGUUCAGGCCAUUGGUGGCCGCGCGACCAGCGCCGCGUCGUCGAUUCCGUUUUCGUGUAGUCUAGUCGCGUUUCGUACCGUUGCGUUGCGUUGCGUUGUUGAAACAACGAUCAACCAGUGUAUUCGUACGAGUGGAUUGUUUCGGGGACACGCAACCGAAAGAAGAGGUGCGACGAAGGGAUUCAGUGCGCGACGGAGUUUGUGCAUACCCCGGGAUACGUGGUACCGAACCGUGGUGAAGUUUGGUGGUUUCUGGCGAGGACCGAGCUCGCAAGUCCCAUUCCGUGGGAGAUAGAGAUAGAGAUAGAGAUAGAAAGAGAGAGAGAGAAAUAGAGAAAUAGAGAAAGAGAGAGAGAGAAAGAGUGACAGAAAAAGUGCAGGUUGAGUUGGUAACCGCGAGGUAUCUGUGCUAGGAUUAGUGAGAGUCGAGAGUGCGGGGGCAGGUGAUAGGGUUCCCGAACACGAGGAGAAGAUUAAGGGAGCGUCGCACUACCAGCAGCCGUGGUUUCGUGGUUUUCAUGAUUCCCGUUUGACAGUGAGACAACAGCCCGCCACUCCGGCACCGGUGAGCUCUAUGACCAUGCUUCAGCCUCACAAGCUGUACGCCGGCAACGCUGGUAGCCUCGGCGGCGCAAUGACCAGCGCUGCGAUGUCCACGAUGGGCAGCAUAGCGCCGACUUACAGCUCGAUAAAUUCGAUGGGCUGCGUGUCGAUGGGCGUUGGAGUAGGACCGAGUUGCAGUCCACAGGGCGCCGGUGGUUUCAACAUGAGUACCAUGAGCUCAGCCAUGGGAAUGGCCUCGAUGGGCGGCGGUGGAAUGGGAGGUUACGGGGGCCAUUCCAUGGCCGGCACAGGUUCCUGCAUGAGUACCGUCGGAUACGGUCCGUUGACGCCAGGUGGGGGAACAGGGGUCAGCAGGGAUCCUCUUUCGUUGUCGGAGCCAGAUUCGCCGAAUUCCGCGCUCCAACGUGCUCGAACCGAUAAAUCCUAUCGUAGAAGCUACACGCACGCGAAACCACCCUACUCGUACAUCAGCUUGAUCACCAUGGCGAUACAAAACGCGCCCACCAAAAUGUUGACGCUCUCCGAAAUUUAUCAGUUCAUCAUGGAUCUGUUCCCAUUCUACCGACAGAAUCAGCAACGUUGGCAGAAUUCCAUCAGACAUUCGCUAAGCUUCAACGACUGCUUCGUCAAGGUUCCUCGUACCCCCGACAAGCCGGGAAAGGGCUCGUUCUGGACCCUUCAUCCCGAGAGCGGAAACAUGUUCGAAAACGGAUGUUACCUGCGUCGACAGAAGAGGUUCAAGGACGAGAAGAAGGAGCUCACCAGGCAGACGAACAAGCAUCAGCAGCAUCAGCAACAUCACGGUAGCGCCGCGGCCGCACUGCCGACGCCCGCAGCCGGCAGACACAACAGUCCAACGUCGCACGACUUGACUCAUGGAGGUAAAAAGACCCCGCCGUCUCUGCAUCACGGGGCUCAGCAACAAGACGACAAGGACCUGCACUCGUUGGUCUCUCAUCAUCAUCAUCACGCGGCCAGCUUGCACCAACACCACGCCGCUUUGAAAAGCGACGCGACGGACAUAGGCGGCUUGCUAGGACCGGACUUGGGCGCAGCGCACGACGAACUUACCGCCAUGGUCAGCCGAAGUCUUCAUCCCCACUUGAUCUCCGAUCCCGCGGCCCUUCAUCACGGAAUGACGGGCAGCCUGAAACAGGAACCACCGUAUACCGCUGCCAGUCAUCCUUUCAGCAUCACCAGGUUACUUCCGGGUGCCACGGCGGGCACGUCGCCGGGCGCCCAAGACACGAAACCACCCGAGAUGAAGAUGUACGAACAGCUGCACCAGAGCUACGCAAACUUCGACACUUCGCAUCAUCCUCACGCGCAUUCCGCGCCACCCACUCAUCAUCAUCAUCACAACGGGAUGCACGCGGGCUCGAAUCUUGGCGGACCCAUGCACAACAUGACCAACCACCACCAUCAGGAGUAUUACCAAAGUCCGUUGUAUCAUCACGCGACCAGCGUCGCCAGCAGUAGCGCACCCCCGCCGCCCUCCGUCGCCACCGCUGCACCGGGUUUGUGACACCACGCUACCCACCCCUACGCCUUGGCCUGAGUCGCUGCAGCCGCGGCCUAUGCCGCUAACGCCGCAGCGAACAUACCCCCGAGCAGAGCCAACGCUAACGCUGCUCUUCCCUCGUCCUCUUUGUCUUCUUCCUCGUCGUCCAGCUCUUCCUCGUUGCCCGUCGCGGCAUCCUCGCAACCCGUCGGCGUCGCGUCCGUGUCCCCGGCGUCGCCGUCGGCGUCGCUGCGACCGUCCAUGGUCGAUCAGCGGCGUCGACGACGUUGCGAGGAAAACGAACCCGAUCCGUGCUGGCCCGUUGCCGUCGUGCACGGCGGUGAUUACGCCGAGGAGGAAGAGGACGACGACGACGACGACGACGAAGAGGAGCUCGCGUGAGCCAUCGCAACGAGCCUGGACUCCGAGGUACGAGGACGCGCCUGAACGUGCUCGCGAGUGUUGGAUCAUUGUUGGGGGUCUAUCGAGGCGAAGGGUGCGCGGAGGGACUUUGGGGUGUCGCGACGGAGAUUGUCAAUUGGCCUGAUUAGAAGCGACGGCGCGAGUCGGGCAGGUGUUUAUUCGAUUCAGUUUGUUUUUAUCCCAACGAACCGAUCGUUUAUAAGCCCUGUUCUCCGCGGCAGCCGUGAGUCGAGCUUAAUUUUCUUUCAAACAUUCAAACGGUUUCGAUGAUACGUAUAGAUCGGUUAUAUUCACGGAUUCAAAAGAUCGGGCCGAAACUUUAUUUUCGUCGUAAGCGUGCGCAGAUUUCGAGAGCCAAGAUCGACUUUCAUCGACGCUCUAAUCUCUCGAUAAUCGCGUCCACUUACUCGAACGCGAUGCUUUAACAGAAUUAUCGAGACGCCGCGCCGCGCGUCGAUCGAGCGCCACUCUAAGCGUAUGACUCACGGCCGCGCGUAUAUACGAUUCCAAUUCAGAGGAAGAAAAUAGAAAAGAGAUAAUCGCGACUCUUAACCCGCUCGAGACGCGCCAUUGAUUCACGUUCUGUACGAUUUCCGACUGGCGCGGCCGGUUCGUCGCGGCGCGUCGAAACGCGUCGGUUUUCUGUGAUACGCGACAACGAUGCACGAGGCGAUUCUUUUUAGCGCGGUUCACCUCGGAGUCUAUUUCGUUCCUUUUGACGACGAAACGCGUCGUUGACGAGCCGAACGACGAUUCCUUUCUUUCGCAAUACACGAGUGCAAUUUCCUUCUUCGACGGGAGGAAGUUUGGUGAACCAAGGGAGAAAGCUUCUCGAAAUUUCGAAGCGCGAACAAAAUACUUGUUCUUUCCUUUUUGAUCCGUAGCGAUGGUUCGGUUGUCGCGAGACUGCGUUGACGAGUUGUUGGAAGUGUCGAUAGCGUUCGUACAAGAUCACCCUUGAACGAGACGAGUCUAAUUUUAUUCGUUUCUCGAUUGAAUCACGACAGACCACGCUCGCGUUGACUUUAUCAAAGUCAUUUUUCCCGUUAUUUAGUUUGUUAUCGACUAUCGAUGAUCCGAUUUUUCGAAUUCCAUGACUUUCAACUUAUCGAACACUCUUUCACGAUUAUUGGAAUUAUUUCUGACUCUGUGUGUGUGAAUACUGUGUGUGUAUUUCUUCGAGACAAUGAGCAUCUUCAACAAUCGCUAGACGAGUGUUUAUCGACGCACAGAUUGAUACUAGAAUACGAUAGUAAAAGUCUCGGUUGGAUUAUCUAUUCCUUUGAUGACACACGUUUCUUUCACCGGUCGUUGAUCUCUCUCUCUCUCUCUCUCUCUCUCUCUCUCUCUCUCUCUCUCUCUCUCUCUCUCGCUCUCGCUCUCGCUCUCGAUCUUUGUUUUCGCCUAUUGUGAUUAUCGUUCUGCAACUGUGUAUGCGCGUUUUUACCGGAGGGUUCGUUAUGAUUUGACAAUCUGGUAUCAUGGACGAUCAUGGUCUAAAGGAUAGCUUCUAUUUAACGAUGAAACAAUGUCUGUUGUUCCUUUUCUGGAAAGAAACUCUUAACUUUCUGUUUGAAAUGGAUAUAUAGUUGUUGCUAGUUGGGAAGGAAUUGACGAGGUUACAAAUUUUCCGUCUAAACGAUUUAACGAACAUUGCAACUUCCGACUUGUAACGCGACGCAGUCUUCGCGAUAUAUAAUUGCGACCCUUCCGAGUUGUCACGCACGAUGAAACUUGGUUUCUCUCCGUGACGAGAGGAUCUAGGAUCCAACUUCGUGCCUCGAUAAUUAGCGAGAGAUUAAGAAGGAGGGAAAAGUGAUCGGCGGAGAACGAAAAAUGUGAUAACCCGUGAGAAUAAGUCUAAAUUAAUGAACGUAGGCUUGCAAAGACGUCUAUAUUCCCGUGUAGAGGCGCGCAUUCGUACGUGCAUUGUAUUCGAAUACUUCCAAACAGAUACAAAUACAAAUACGAACAUACACGCAUAUACACACACAUCAACACGCAACAGAAAAAUCGUAAAAAUUUUGUUGAAAGCGUCGCGCAGGACACGUCCAGUGUUUUUGUAUGAUACGUGUAGAUAGCCGCACAACGUAAACGCGUAUGAUUGUACAAUAUUAUAUAUGUUACAGAGAGGUAUAUAUAAAUAAAUGGAGUCUUUAACGAUACAUUAUGUUAGGAAUAUACAAAUUAUAUAUAUAUAUAUAUAUGGAUACAGAGAGUGAAUACAUGAGUGCAAGUGAUCGAAAGAGCGAGAGAGAAAGAGUGCGUGCGUGCGUGCGUGUGUGUGUAGAAGCGAGUGAGUGGAAGAGAGAAAAGAGUGUGUUGGAAGAGAACAUUGUAAAUACCGCGCGUUUCAAAAGCAGCUCUUCCGUAGAUGGAGCAUCCCGAAAAGUUGUUCUAGCCCGUGUUCCGGAGGGUUGCUUUCGAUACACGCCCCUCUGAAGAAACGCCCUGUAAAUAAAGAGACGAAGCCAGGGAGCAGCGUGCAUCGCGGAACAUCACUGAUCGUUGUAAAUCGUCGGGUACCAAAGUUUAUAGAUUUCGUUGUUCGCAUUCGCUCCGUACGUCGUUUAAUUUUCACGCUGUUCCGUUCGCGUACGGCAACGCUACCGACGACAAACGUUCGUUCCUCGUUCUCUUUCAAACGUUCAAAGAUCGAUCGAUCUAUCUAAAGAAAAAACGGGGAAGGAGCGAUGAGAUGUGAGCGCGCGCGCGCGCACGCAAGGAAUUAAAAUCUCCAAGUCACGAAAUCUCGUCGUCAUGUUCACGCUUUCAUUGUUCCUGUGCAUUUUGACAUUUCUCUGCUCGUUCACGACGGACCCCAGCCUUGUAAAGGCAGAUUCGCGCUAUCCGUCGAAUGAUCUUUCGAAGGGUUUUACCUAAACGCGUUCGCAAACUGUGACCGUCGCUAUUUCGUCUGGCGAUCGAAUUUUAAACGCGUUUCGAUGGAUGCUCGAUCUAUAGCGCGAAUCUAGCCUCGGUGGGCUACGAACGUGUCGGCCCAAGUACACGAAUACACAAUCUUCUACUUCGUCUACUUCAAAUCGCAGCUACGAAUAAAUUUUUCAAUGGUCGUUUCAGACCAGUAAAGGAAACGUUCAUCGAAUCAUGUCGUUCUCAUAGCGAUCGGUCGUUCUGUGGCUGGAUUGUACAUACAUACAUAGAUACGUGCGGGCGAGAACACACGCGAGUGCGAAGGGUUUCUGUCGUUAAACAGAGCCAGGAGAAACGACGCGAGCAAACGAGAAUGUAAAUGUUUCAAUAAAUCCACGUAU